GGCCAUUAUAAGAGGGCAGCAAUAUGCAAGAAUGCGUAUACAGCUUUGCUUUGCUGGGUAGUAGAAAACCGCAGGCAGACCUGAGCAGGGCGUAGGUGUCAUCUCGCUCCUCCGUUUCGUCGAUCCCCGUUCUCCCCUCCACCCUAACCUAACUGGUCGUCGUUGUGUUGCGACGGGGAUCGAGGAACAUCAGAUCAGAUCAUCACCAAGGGCAGCAGUAGUGCCACUACCAUGGCGUCGCCAAACAGCAGGCAGCAGCAGCAGCACUGGCCGAGCAUGUUCCGCUCCAAGCACGGCAGCCAGGUGUGGCAGUCGCAGCCCGACAUGACCGGCUCGCCCCCCUCCCUCGUCUCCGGCUCCGCCGCCGCCGCCGGCCACUCCUUCAAGUCCCCCUUCUCCUCAGGUCCUGAUCAGGAGAGGAACACCGACACCAAGCCACGGUGGAACCCCCGGCCGGAGCAGAUCCGGGUCCUGGAGACGCUCUUCAACUCCGGCUUGAUCAACCCGACACGCGACGAGAUCCCCCGCAUCCGCAUGCGCCUGCAGGAGUAUGGCCCGGUCGGCGACUCAAACGUCUUCUACUGGUUCCAGAACCGCAAGUCCCGCUCCAAGAACAAGCUGCGCAACGCGGCUGCGCGCGCCGCUCCCGUCCGGGCCUGCGCGCCAGCACGCCAGCACGCCGCCGCGCCCUAUACGCCGCCUCCCAAGCAGUUCCAUCCGCCCAAGCCUCCGCUCUUCUCGCCGGUAGCACCCACGUCUUCCUCCUCUUCCUCCUCCGACCGGUCGUCCGGAUCCAGCAAACCGCUCAAGCCGGCUGCCACGCAGGCCAUGUCCGCGACGGCGGCCAUGGACCUGCUCUCGCCGCUUGCCGCGGCGUGCCACCAGCAGAUGGACUAUCAGUUCAGCCUAGGCCAGCCCGCGCCGUCCGCUCCGGUUCCUGCGCCAAAUUUGGACGAGUUCGUCGCCACCGACGUCGAGCCGAUCUUCCUGCAGUACCCGCAAGGGCACUGCCUGUCGGCGGGGGAGCUCGCCGCCAUCCUUGGCGCGCAGUACAUCCCCGUGCCAGCCGAGCAGCAGCCACCGGUUGCAUCUCCCGCCGGCAUGCUCUUCGGGCUCUGCAACGACGUGGCACCAAUAGGUCCCACUACCACUGGCCAAAGGAGCAGCGCCUCGGCCGCCGGGCUUGGUCAAUACUGGCCUAGCGGCGUUGAUCAGCUCGGCCUCCGCAAGAACAGUGACCCGUUCUUGAACACCUCCGUUGCCAAAGAAGAGGCGUACGAGGACUUCACGAAGACGAAGCUGGGACUGCUACAAUACGGCUUAGGCGUCACUGCAGCGCCGGCCGUGAAUGCUGCCUCUGCGGCUGGUGUUUUGCCUCUUCCUGCUUCGCCGGAUUCCGCCGCCGUCACCGUUGCAAGUGCGUCUUCUACUGCUGGGCGCCUCACCAGUUUAUUUGCAACCACUACCACUACUGAGGCGGUCAGCUACAACAGUAACUUGCAAGGACCAGCGGGUGAUGUUGGGUUCGCGGGCGCAGCGGCAGGGCCAGGGGCCACGGGCACCGGCGUGUUGGGCAGGGGCGCCGCGGUUGUGUGCUUCGCGGGCACCAGCGCCGCGUGCAGCGUCCCGGCCACGCACCUCGACGUCAAGCUCUACUUCGGGGACGGGGCCGUCCUGUUCCGCUGCAACGGCGAACGCGCCGAGCCGCUCCUCGUCGACGACGCGGGCCUCACCGUCGAGCCUCUCCAGCACGGAGGGGUCUACUACUGUGUGCUCAUAUAGCAUCAUAUAUAAACCGCGUGCGUCUCCACAUCGCACUAUUGUGAUGCUCUAUAUAUGAUGAUCUUAGAUUCAGUAGUUUUCUUCUCUAGUAGGUAUAUGUAGCUUAAUUAUUCUCUGGUGACCGUUGGCCAUCCAUCGUAUUGGAGAAUGGCUACUACUAAUAGUCCGAAACUUAAGCUAUUAUCGCAUGCUUGUGAGAUAGAUCGUGUCGUUUAUUUCCAAAUUUCUGAUCAAUUGAUUGAGGUCGAUGUACUCCAUCAUCAUGAAAAUAAUGAUCAUCAGUAUCUA